GUCGUUAGUGGUUUAUGUUCAUUACGCUCCUUGUUAGAAUCAUGAUAAUUAAGUUAGAUUUUGGCUCCUGAAUAAAUAACAAUUAAUGCCCCACUAAUGUAAUCAUUUCAAUUUGUUUCUUCUCCGUCAAUGAAGAAAAUACAAAGACUUUAUAUUUCCCAUAUAAAUAUUCCCCGGGACCCAAAUUUCGAAGCGUACAAUCUUCUCUCUCAAAAACGUUUCAGUUUCAGAAAACAGAGCAAGAAGAAACAACUUUCUCUCAAAUGCAGACGAGUCGGUUACUCUCCUUCUCCUCUAACUCUCCGAGUUUUGGCAGCUUCUCCUCCGCCGUUGACCUCGCUGCAAUCGCCGCUCGAGUCGUCGAAGAAUUCAGAGAUCACGACCAAACACAAUCCGAUUCUUCUCCCCACCGCGACGACGAUAAUGAUUCCGACUUCGCUUUCGACUGUCCAAGCAACACGUGUUCUCAGCCUCUCGCUACCGCCGACGAGAUUUUCUGUAACGGUCAGAUCCGUCCGUUGAAUCCGUACGGUGGAAAUGCUCCGGUGGAAUCUCAACCGACGAGUAAGAUUACUACUCUUCCUCCUCGUCGUCGUAGACCGGCGUUGAGGAAACUGAUGAGCGAGGAUCGAGAUCCGGCUUCGAAUUCUUCGUCGGAAGCUGAAGAGGAUCUUACUGGUGUUCCUCCGGAGACGUACUGUGUAUGGAAACCUAAACAAUCGAAUUCCGGAGAUGAUGAUCUUCAAAGACUUUCGUCUUCUCCGUCACACAGCAAAAUCAAAAGCCAUUCAGCUGGGUUUUCGAAACGUUGGAAGCUCCGGAAUCUUCUGUACGUUAGAAGCAGUAGUGAAGGAAACGAUAAGCUCGUCUUUCCGGCGCCGGUUAAGAAGAACGACGAGACGGUCUCCGAUCAAAGAGAAGAAGAGGAACCGCCGUCAAAGGUGGACGGAGAGGAAGAAGGAAGGGAAAGGGAAGAGACAAAACGACAGACGUAUGUGCCGUAUAGAAAGGAUAUGAUUGGAAUAUUGAAAAAUGUGAAUGGGCUAAGUCGUCAUUUACGUCCUUUUUGAUGGUGACGUGGCUCUCAGAAGACGCGGACUUUGGGUGGGCUUCGGUUUCUUUCUUUUUCCUACUUUUUUUCUUUUCCUUUUUUACUUUUAUUUAGUUUCCGAGAAAAUCUUGAGUGUUGGCGAGAAAGUAAAUAAUUUAUUUUCGAAUAUUUUUAAUGUCUCGGUUUAUAAAAUAGAUAAUGUAUAAGUUUUGGUUAUUUGAUUAUUGGAAUGGAGGAGAUUACUGGUUUUAUUCGGUUUAUUGUAAUAAACUUGUUCAAAUUUUAUUCUUCCUCAUCAUAAUGUUGAAUUGUUU